UCAACCUACACCACCACACAACCCAUGGCAACCUCCUCCCACCAGCCGCGCUACGGUCUCAAUCGCCCCGCCAACGGUCCCUCGGCACCCACAUUCAGCACUCCCGCGUUCCCGAGCGCGCCCAAGAACGCGCAAAGACUAGAAAGCGAACGUCUCGAGCGUGAGCGGCUGGCGCGCGAAUCACGCCUGGCCUCGUCCGCAAUGGACGCGCAAGCCCUCGCCGCGCUGAGCGAAGAGCAGCGCGAAGAAAUAAGCGAAGCAUUUAACCUAUUCGACCUCGACAAGGAUGGCUACAUCGACUACCACGAGCUGAAAGUCGCUAUGAAGGCGCUGGGCUUCGACCUGCCCAAGCACGAGAUCCUGCAGAUCCUGCAGACGCAUGGUACAACGUCGUCGCAGGCGCAGGGCCAGAAACAGCCCGCGCGUGACUCGGCGAGAGCUGCGGCGCAGGCCGCCUUCGUGCCGCCCGCGCGACCGCUGCUGGGCUUCCAGACGUUCCAGACGCUGAUGGCGCAGCGCAUCAUGGCGCGCAACCCCGAGGACGAGAUUCUGCGCGCGUUUGAGCUGUUCGACGAGGGCGGCAAGGGGCGCAUUACGCUGCAGGACUUGCAGCGGGUGGCGCGGGAGCUGGGCGAGACGCUGGGGAACGACGAGCUGGUAGCCAUGAUUGAGGAGUUCGAUAUGGACGGGGACAAUGCAAUUAGUCGGGAGGAGUUUGUGGGGAUAUGCUUGGGGUAG